UUGCAGCUGAUGUGAAUAAAGUUUUUUUUUAUUUAUCCUCCGGAAAUGGAAGCGUAUCAAUGGAAAAAUCGUGUAAAAUUCAUCACUAAGUACAUGUUUGACAUAGAUAAUAAUGGUUACUUGGACCUGUACGACUUCGAAUGCUUGGCUUUGCGAUACACAGUUUUAGGAGGGAAAGGCUCAUACGAUCCGAAAAUUCACGAGAAAAAUAAGGUAAUCAUGAUCAAUUUCUGGAACGAAAUGGCCGAAUUAAGUAAUUUUAAUAAGGUAAGUUCGAUUUUAAAUUAAAAUUAAUUCAGUUU